UUCGCAAACCACGGAAAGAUGAAGUUUUCGCUACGUUAUACAACUGUCGACUUGCCAGACAAGAAAAAGAGGAUGCGCUCGAGAUCUCGAUCACGAGAGAGUUAUUACUGUAAGCGGAGAUACGAUAAAGAACUGAGUAAUUUGCAGGAACAAAUACAUAACCUAACAAAGGUUGUCGAGUCGUUGGUGCAUGGUAAUAUAAGACAAGCUUCACCAACUUCCUUACUUACCGAAAUUCGAGAUACGCAUUACGCAAAUGCUUAUAUUCUUCGGAACAAUAUGCUCAAUAUCUGUUAUGGGAAUUGCUUCUUCCACUGAAGAGAAUUUAUCUCAAACAUCGCAGUGUGUACAACCGAUAAAUUAUACUAUUUUCUUAAAACCACAAAACACUACUCUUUUUGUCAAUUCUACUGUUGUACUGAACGUGUCAUGUAAACAGCCACACAUAAAAUUAUACGUUCAACGUGAUUGUCAUAUGCAAAUAAACGUUCAAACUGAUAUUCAAUAUAAGUUUUUCUCACGGUGGAAAUUUACUAGAAUGAUACACACGUAUUCUUCGACACAACGAUUCGACAUAUUAACAAUCAGUCUGUUUAAAGAGAACCGCACAAACUUAUACCUGGAAAGACGAAAUAUGACUCUACAACCUGGAUUUUACAAAAUAAAUUCGAUAUAUAAUUGUACUUUAAAAGAAGUUGCAACGGUUCUCACUACAUACAGAAACCAAAACGAAACAAAAGAAGUUCUGGUUUUACCACGAAUUCCAAGUGAAUGGAUAUUUCCAUAUUGGAAAAAUCCAGCUAUCAAGUCUAGAUUUACCAUUCACAUUGAACAUAAAAACACUGUAACAGCUGUAUCAAAUAUGCCUGUUAAAUAUAAAUAUAGUAAACCAAAUAUAAUACGUACAGGAUUUGAUAACACACCUGCAAUAUCCACGCAUUUGGUAGCAUUAUUUGUCAUACCAAAUGUAUAUCCAACAAAUAACUUAACACGAGAUACAGUUACUAUUACAAGCAGUUCAAAAAUGAAAAAUGCCACACUAUAUGCACAAAUGUCUAUUUUCAAUGUCACUAAAAUUUUAAAAAAUAUGUUGAACGAUAUCAUACCACAAUCAUAUGUUCAUUACGCGCUACUUCCAAUAGUCUCUACUCACUACGAAAGUAGAAGUAUAAUAACUACUGGACUUGUUCUCAUCAGUGAAGCUCAUAGUAUUUAUAACCCAAAAGUAGAUUCGAUUAUACAAAAAAGAGAAGUAACUUGUUUGAUAGUACGAAGUGUGAUACAGGAAUUGUUCAGUAAUUGGAUAGCUAUAUUUAGACAGUCGGAUUCUUGGUUUUUGGAAGGAUUUUCAACAGUAUUUGGAAUUUACAUUCACGAUCAGUCUUUGGAAACAACUUUACUAGAAUCAAUUGUGGUCCAGACACGACGAAGCUUUUUGGAUUAUACAGAAGCAUUUAAUAACUAUGAUUUUCCACUUCAAAAUAAUUCCAUCAUAGUUCGAAAUUCAACUUUUAGAAAAAUGUGGCGAGACAAAGCAUUCAGUACCUUCUAUAUGCUUAGUGGCGUAUUUCAGCAUGAUUUUCUAUAUAUUUCUAUGUUUAAAGAAAUCGUAAAGUUAUAUUAUAAUACUAAUAAUACAUCAAAUAACACAUACGAUAACCUGUCAAUUCUCGAUAAGUUGUGGACUACAUACGAAAAUUUUGAGACGCAUUCCGUAUACAAGUCUCCAUACAUGAAGUCGUCAGAUAUCAAAAGUAUGAUAAGUUCAUGGACAGCACAAAGUGGUUAUCCUGUAGUACAAGUAAACCGACACAAUGAUACACAAUCUGUGUCAGCAAUGAUUAUAGACUGUUUUGACGUUGAUUCCAACGACAAAAUGCUGUGCAAACAAAAAUGGUGGAUACCUGUAACCUUUAAAACAAUAUUUAACACACAAGUUCUUGACACUUUUCAUCAUGUCCUAAAACCAGACGGAAAAUUAUUUUUUACAUCGGUUUUUCUUAAAAAUCAUAUUACUCUUGUCGUGAAUUGCUCAGGAUAUCGUGUCAACUAUGACCGUGAAUCUUGGAAGCGUAUUGCUUUUUUCCUAAAAAAUACAGAUCCGAAAAUCGUGGAUUUAUCUGAUGUCACUUUAGCACAAUUAUUAGACGAUGCUUUUUAUUUUUUGGUUCAAAAUACAGAGUAUAACAAAACUUUUGCUCCAUAUAAUAUUGAUUUAGACAUAUAUUUUGAACUUGCAAGCAGUAUAUUUCAUGGAAACAAUUCCUACACAGCGUGGUAUCCUGUUUUUAUUGCUCUUGAAAACAUGUCGAGAAUGUUUUUGUUCCCAGAAAGUGUUCUUUCAAGAAAUAUCAAGAUAAAACUCCUGAAAAUGUUGAACAAAUUUCUUGAUAGCAUGUCAAAUAUACAUAAAAAUAAUGUCAAUAAUGUCAAUACUCAAUUCUAUCACGAAGGUUUAAAAUGGAUAUGCAUUCUUGAUGAUUUAAAGUGCAAAGAACAUAUUAAUAGAAUAUUGAGUUGGCAGCUUACAACAAACAAACUUUUGCCAAGUUGGCAGAAGUGGAUAUAUUGCCAAGGAUUACUAUUAAAACCUCUCGAUUAUGAAGAUUUCGCUUUGUGGCACAUAAUAUUAAAUAUAUAUCGCACACAAGGAAAACUAGAAGAAUUCUUCGAACUCUUAACGUGUUUUAAACAAUACGAUGAUUUAGUUUUUUUUCUCCGUUUCCUUGAUAGUAACUCUUUACUAAGUACUAUCGGGAAUAAAAAGAAAAGUGUUGCUGUUAGUAUACUUUUCAACAUUUUUGCUUCGUAUUCAAAAACUUCAUUUGCGCUGACGAAUAUACUAUUCGCAGUAGAAAAUAAUAUAAUAAGAAACGUGAAUAUUCUAGCAAUAAUAAACUGUAUUAUUAACAACAUAUAUUCAAACCACGGCCUGUCCUUGGUAUGUUAUAAGAUUUCACUUACUUUUUGUAGCUAUAUAUGUCAAAUAGAAUUUCUUUGUAAGUUUAAUAUAUGUAUAUGUAUAUUUAUAUGCAUAAAAAUGUAUCGAGUUAUAUUGUGGUCUAGUUCCGUAAGUGCUUUUUGUGUACAAAAGAAUAUAAUGUUAAAUGGUAUUACACAAAAUAAGUAA